AUGGCUUCCAAUAUUUGUGUCUAUUUGUUGUUCUCUUAUAUUACAAGCAUUCACUUAAUUUUAACAUUCGUUCACUCGGAUAAUUAUAUCAUUCACAUGGAUUUAUCAGCUAUGCCAAAAGUAUUUUCAAACAAAAAUAGUUGGUAUGAAUCCACUCUCUCUCAAGUUACUACCAACAAUCUCAAUAAUCCUACAUUUUCUAAGAUCAUUUAUACAUACAACAAUGUUAUAAAUGGUUUUAGUGCUAAUCUAUCACCUGAAGAGCAUGAAGCUCUCAAAACUUCCCCAGGGUACAUUUCUUCAAUGCCUGAUUUACCCUUGAAGCUUGACACAACUCACUCACCACAAUUCCUUGGCCUUAAUUCAUACAAAGGGGCAUGGCCAGCUUCUGAUUAUGGCAAAGAUGUCAUUGUUGGUAUGAUUGAUACCGGUGUUUGGCCAGAAAGUGAAAGUUUCAAAGAUAAUGACAUGCCUCAAAUUCCUUCAAAAUGGAAAGGGCAAUUAUGUCAAUUUGAAAAUACCAACAAUUCAUCUUUUUGCAACAAGAAACUCAUUGGAGCUAGAUUCUUCAACAAAGGGUUUUUGGCAAAAUAUCCAAAUCUAACUAACACAAUUUUGAACUCCACACGUGACACAAAUGGUCAUGGGACACACACUUCAACAACAGCAGCUGGGAAUCAAGUUGAUGGUGCAUCAUUCUUUGGUUAUGCAAACGGAACAGCAAGAGGAAUAGCUACAUUGUCUAGAGUAGCUAUGUACAAGACUGCGUGGGGCAAAGAUGGACAUGCAGUGUCAUCUGAUAUAAUAGCCGCAGUUGAUGCCUCAAUAUCGGACGGUGUUGAUGUUCUUUCAAUAUCACUAGGUUUGAACAAUGUAUCUUUGUAUGAAGAUCCAGUCGCAAUUGCCACUUUUUCAGCUAUGGAAAGGGGUGUUGUUGUGUCUACUUCAGCAGGUAAUGAUGGACCUUCCUUUAAAACUCUUCACAAUGGAAUACCAUGGGUAAUAACCGUUGCUGCAAGUACUUUGGAUCGUGAGUUUCGUGGGAAUCUUACACUUGGUAAUGGAGUCUCACUCUCUGGCUUAUCUUUUUAUCUAGGAAACUUCUCUGCUAGUAAUAUUCCAAUUGUUUUCAUGGGUAAGUGUGACAAUAUUACACAACUAAUCAAAGUGAAAAGUAAGAUUGUUGUCUGUGAAGACAAGAAUGGAACUCUUUUUGAUCAAGUUUCUAAUUUGCUUACAGUAAUAGUUGUAGGAGCUGUUAUUAUAUCAAACACUUCACAAAAUAAUCUAUCACAACUUUUAGGGUUCCAGCUUCCAUACAUCAUUAUUAACCAAACCAAUGGAGAAAUUAUCAAAGAUUACAUACAAAGUAACUCUAACUCCAGUUCAAUAGAAAAAAUUUCUUUCAAGAUAACAUCUUUUGGUGCUAAACCAGCUCCUAGCGUGGAUUUUUAUAGUUCAAGAGGUCCUUCUGAAAGUUGCCCAAAUGUUUUGAAACCUGACAUUACAGGUCCUGGUACAUCAAUCUUAGCUGCAUGGCCUACAAAUAUUCCUGUGUUGGAGUUUGGGUCACGUAAAGUCUUCAACAAGUUCAAUUUUUUAAGUGGAACAUCUAUGUCAUCUCCUCAUGUUGCUGGUGUAGGAGCACUUUUGAAAGCUGCACAUGUUGAUUGGAGCCCUGCAGCUAUUAGGUCAGCAAUGAUGACAACAUCAGACAUAUUUGAUAAUACUAAGGAACUCAUAAAAGACAUUGGAAAAGGUAACAACGUAGCAACACCUUUUGCACAAGGAGCUGGUCAUAUCAACCCCAACAAAGCACUUAACCCUGGACUUGUUUAUGAUGUUGGUGUACAAGAUUAUGUCAAUCUUCUUUGUGCACUCAACUUCACACAAAAAAACAUCACUAUCAUUACAAGAUCUUCUACUAAUGAUUGUUCUAAACCUUCGUUGGAUCUCAAUUACCCUUCUUUUAUUGCUUUCUUCAAUGCUGCAAAUUCUUCUUCAAGGACCACCCAAGAAUUUCAUAGAACAAUUACCAAUGUUGGUCAAGGAAAAUCGAUUUAUGUUGCUCACAUUACUCGAAUCGAAGGGUUCCAUGUUAGAGUUAUCCCAAAUAAGUUGGUGUUCAAUAAGAAAAACGAGAAAUUAAGCUACAAGUUGAGGAUUGAAGAUGCAAGAGUGGCACAAAAGAAUGAAGUUUCUUUUGGAUAUCUCACUUGGCAGGAUGGGAAGCAUGUGGUAAGGAGCCCUAUUGUUGUAACAACCCCCAAUUUCAAUUUGUAG